AUGGCGACCCUACCUCCAGUCUCGUCUUCGGCGAGAGGAUUGCAAGGAGGAGAUACCCGCUCAGACACUUCUUCAAAACCGGAAAACGUGCCAGUGUGGCGAGCGCCUGGGUUUGGGGCGAUUACCUCGGCGCGCUCGACUGUGGCUGGUGCUGCCGCGCACUCGGGCGGCGGACCCGUUCGCCGGAACUACGCCAACGACGCGGAACGGGAGCAGAAGUUGCUCGAGUUUGGCAUCAAACCACUGCCGCAGUUUACCUUUGAAGAAAUUAAGCAAACGCAACGAGAUGUUUUGCGUGUCAUUGCUAUGGUCUAUGACGCUCCUCGAGGGCGAACGCGAGCGGACCUCGAGCUCAGCCUCGCUGAAAAGCUAGCGGCCUACCACCCCGGGGAUCCAGCCUAUGAUCUGAGCAAGUUUCAGGCCAGCGAACCCAAGAGGUUAGGGAACAAUUAUGUACAGAGACAGCUGGUUGGUGCUCGACCCUUCAUUAUGGACGGCACGUUUGCCGACAUGACCGGCCGUGGUUCUGGUAACCGUCGAACGAGCACGGCGGCGGCAGCAGCAGCUGCUGCUGCCGCUGCCCAGACCGGUCUGCUGCACUUUCCAGCAGCGGUCACUGGUACAGACCGCCAGGUUGAUCAGGCGAGUUUGCGACUUGCGCAACUGGUUCCGAACUUGCAGACACCGGCUGGCAUCGCCGCUGCUCGCGCCACUGCGGUAGAGCCGGGCAAUAUCCGCUCCGGUGUCCUUCAUCUGCCGGAACCCGAGGGUGAUAUCUUGUUGGGUCUCCAUCCGUCAAGCCAUGCAGCGUAUCGCUGGUGUAGUCGCUGUGGCACGGAUGUUUCUACUCGCUUCCACAACUGGUACCUACAUAUUCUGAAAUGUGAUCCUAUUUUCUACCAGAAUGAGUUGAGCGCUUUCUUCUCCAGCCGAGCAGGCGCUGGAACACCUGUGUUGCCGCCGUUCGGGUUUCCUGGUGGCGUCAAAGUCUCUGUUCCCGAAGAGCAACAUGCUUUGGUGUCCCGGUCCAAGUACAUGGCUGCGCUGAACGGCCUCGGACCCGAUCGUGUCCCUGUGUUCGUGAACGCAGCAAAGUACUUUAAGACAUGCGUUGAUCCCAACGAGACCUUGGAGCGGGUAGAGGCUAUCGCACGAUGGCUGCGUAACACAACUCUGCUCAAACGCGUGUUCGAGAGCGUGCAACUCGUCAAGCGGUUACCGAACGCUAUCAGUGAUCCUGGAAAUCGCAAAAUCUUGGGAUUCAGUAGUGUGAGUACUGAAACCAUGGCCGUCACGGGCCCGGAAAAUCCCGAUAAGCAACUUUUUUAUUUAGAAUCGGGUCGGAUGCUCGUAUCAGACAAUGCUAACCAGAAAGAGCAUCGGCUUGGCGCGGGAGGAACCGGCGCAGCUGUUCCCGGGUCCAAGUUUUCCGCGAGAGUCCAUCUCGGAAGUGGAGCGGCUAGCCAGAGCGCUGCGAGUGCCCUGGAAACGAGUACGCGGCAAGAUGCGAAUGCAGCAGCUUCUUCGGGAGGCCCCUCUGACGAAGAUCUGCGAAAUGAGCACCCUCGUGGGUCCAUUCGCGAUGAACAGCGUUUCGGCAGGAUGAUGCAGCACCUGGGACUCGCGCGAUCCAUAGAUGAGGUAAUCGAGGUGAAAAAGGAUUUCGAACGCGAGUUUGGCGUCACGUUUGACACCCGCAGCCCUAUCAUUCGGAAGCGCCCGCGCAUACGGGGAAUCUCAGAGCCACAGCAGCAGCAGCAGCAGCAGCAGCAGCAGCAGCGCCCAUUGCGUCUACUGAGACUCUAA